UGGAGGAGGAAGUCGACUGAAGUCUAGGGAAGCUCCUGCUGCUUUGGAUCGAAAGGGAGGGCAGGCUGGAAGAGAAAAGGACGCCCUGGACUCCCUCCUGGAGAAGAAGGCGGAGGAUUGGAGGAGGAGGAGGAGGGGGCGUCCUGGAAAAGGAGGACCGGGUCUGGAGGAGGGCGGGAGGCGAAGGAAGGAGUUUGGAGGCGGGCGGCGGGGGCUGCAGAAAAGAAGAAGAAGGAGCGGAGGUUGCUGGAGGGGCGGCGCUGGGUCGGGGGCCGCCUUCCCUUCUCCCUCCUCCUCCUCGGAGCCCACUGUCCGGCCCCUUUGGCCACACAGAGACUGAGACAGUCAGCCUUGCUCCGUCUCCGGCUCUUGGAGGAGUUCUUCCCCGCUUUGCCUCCGGUGCGUCCCGUCCGAUGCUGAUGCUCCGGGUCCCCGAGCUGAGCCCUGGCUCCGGAGCCUUGCCUCUCCAGCCUUCUUGCCAAGAAGCCUUGGAGGAGCUGACCAUGAGCAGCCGGACAAUGGAGGAGCAGGAGGGGGACGUCGGGGCUCCUCUCCGGCCGCUACGACCCUCCGGCCGCCGAGGCUCCAACUACAAGAUUAGCCUCCGGGGCUUCGACGGAGGAGGAAUAGGAGGAGGAGGAGGAGGAGGAAGGGUCAGUAUUACUACUCCUACUACUACUUCUUCUUCAUCCUCCUCAUCUUCAUCCUCCUCCUCUCCGGCCGCCCCAGUCUGGGUGCCGUCCACCCCCGAGAGCCGCCCGAGCCCCCGAGAGGCGGCCGAGGAGGAGACGGAGGAGGCCGAGACCCGCGCAGUGGCCACUUCCCCCGACGGACGCUUCCUCAAGUUCGACAUCGAGAUCGGACGGGGCUCCUUCAAGACCGUCUACAAGGGCCUCGACACCGAGACCACCGUCGAAGUCGCCUGGUGCGAGCUCCAGACACGGAAGCUGUCCAAGGUGGAACGGCAGCGCUUCAGUGAGGAGGUGGAUAUGCUGAAGGGUCUCCAACAUCCCAACAUUGUCCGUUUCUACGAUUCAUGGAAGUCUUCUGUCAAAGGACAGGUCUGCAUUGUGCUGAUCACAGAACUCAUGACCUCAGGCACCCUCAAAACGUACUUGAAGCGCUUCAAGGAGAUGAAGCUGAAGGUUCUUCAGCGAUGGAGCAGGCAAAUCCUGCGGGGACUGCAUUUUCUGCACACCCGAUCACCUCCGAUCAUCCACCGAGACUUGAAAUGUGACAAUAUCUUCAUCACGGGUCCCACAGGCUCCGUCAAAAUUGGAGACCUUGGUCUAGCCACACUCAAGCGUGCAUCAUUUGCCAAGAGUGUCAUAGGAACUCCUGAAUUCAUGGCCCCAGAGAUGUACGAGGAGAAAUAUGAUGAAGCCGUGGAUGUUUAUGCAUUUGGCAUGUGCAUGCUGGAAAUGGCAACCUCAGAGUACCCCUACUCGGAAUGCCAGAAUGCAGCUCAGAUUUAUCGCAAGGUCACCUCGGGCCUGAAACCCAACAGUUUUGCCAAGGUGAAGGUACCUGAGCUGAAGGAGAUCAUUGAGGGCUGCAUCCGAAUGAAGAAGAAUGAGAGAUACACCAUCCAGGAUCUUCUUGAUCACUCUUUCUUCCAGGAGGACACAGGGGUCCAUGUGGAGCUGGCAGAGGAGGACGAUGGGGUGAAGUCCAACUUGAAGCUUUGGUUGAGGAUGGAUGACACGAAAAAGCUUCAUGGAAAGUAUAAAGACAACAAUGCCCUGGAGUUCCAUUUUGAGCUCUACAAGGAUGUGGCUGAGGAAGUUGCCCAUGAAAUGGUGGAUUUAGGCUUUGUCUGUGAGGCAGACUACAAGCUGGUGGCCAAAGCUGUACGUGAACGUGUUCUUGCCAUCAAGCGUCAACGUGAGAAAGUCAGACGGGCUCAGGAGGUACAGAAGCAGCAUGAACAAGCACCAAACAUGACUCCUGAUAUUCUGCAUUUGCUGGAUCUGGAUUCCCCAACACCUCUCAGUCCUGCCCAGCCAUCAGCACCCACCACACCUGGAUCUGGAGACUCAGCCCUUGGUCCAACCUUCCCCCCAGAACCAGAGGAGCCAGAAGUCGACCAGCACCAGCCCUUCCACUUUCAGCCUGGCUAUUCAUCUGCCACAUCUGACUGUGAGACUGAUGAAUACCUAAGUUCUUCUGGGUUUGUGGAUUUACCUGAUACUCCACAGAGUCUCUCUAGCCCAGCAGCUGCCCCUGAGCACUCCUUUGCUUCGACAAUUGCUGUGAGUUUGACCCCAGUCCAGCAUAGUGACUUCUCUUCCCCUGUGGACAGUUAUGCAUCCGAUGUGGCAUCUGGCUUGAGUGAUGGCUGCGAGGGUCUCUCUGCAGGCGAGAAUCAGGUGAAGCCCCUGGCCAAGCGAGGAUCUGGAAGACUACUGCGUCGUCGUGCCCGAUCUCGCCUGCGCAUCUCGAAUGUGCCAGACCAGAAUGAUCGGGUGGUUGAGUGUCAACUACAAACAUAUAAUAACAAGAUGGUGACCUUCAAAUUUGACCUGGAUGGAGACAGCCCUGAGGAAAUUGCAGCUGUCAUGGUUGCCAGAGAGUUCAUCCUAAAAUCUGAACAAGAUGGAUUCAUCCAGCGAAUCCGUGAUAUUAUCCAACGUGUGGAAACUGUCUUGCGCUCAAACAAAGACCAGGGGGCUCUGGGUAGUUCUGAGGUGCCACCAGCUGCCAGUGUGCUCUCAAGUGAACUACCACUACAAGACCUCUCACAUUCCAUCUCUUCAUCAUCAUCUCUUAGUGAUUUUGGUUGCUCCAGUCCUGGACAGUCUGUAUCAUCCCCUUCCCAACUGUCACUGGUGGAUGCUCCCUCUGAGAAUGAGCCUUUUAACUCCAUAGCUCCUCCAUCAAGCACACAGACUUUUGGGCUGCCUGUGUUUUCAACAGCAUCCACAGGUGUCCCCAGUAUGCCUAUGCAAACCUGGCCAUCUUACCACAUGGUGCCAAUGACGCCUACAGCUCCUCCAUACCUUCUCCCUCUUUCUCAGCCAAUCCCCCCACCAAGUCCCCUUCUCCCUCCAUUGCCCCUUACCUCACCCACUGCUCCACCCAUUCCCACUGCUGCUCCUGCUGUGUCCAUGGCCUCUCCGCCUGUCCCCCUCUGGACCCCCUCCACUGCCCCACUGUUCUCCCUCGCCAAUGUUUUUUCGCUGGCCGUGAUGAGCAUGGCCCAGUCGCUUCUUCCACCAGUGCCUGCCCAGACGGGGCCACUCUACACUUCGCCAGUCCCACAGUCACCAGUGUUCUGCCCACCUAACCCAACCACUGCACCGCGCUUCAUCUACCCUGAGAUGGCAUCACCCACCAAAGCAGCCCAGCUAGCCAAUGGGACAUUUGAGCCAUUGCCAUCUCCAGGCUGCCUGCAGUCCCCAGCCACCUCAGCCCCCAGGAGGCCUGAUGAUAGUGUGGUGCCUCCAACCUCUCCCUGGUCUGGAUCACAACUAACCGUAUCAGAUUCACCAGCCUCUGACUGUCUCACAGCCCAGCUUUCACCCAUCAGUGAAGAGCCCAAACCACAGAUUCUGGGCCGCUUCCAGGUGACACCAACAAGGGAUGUACCUCCUGAAGAAGCCCCAAAGACCAAUGAAUCCAGCACUCCAAGCACUUCAGACUCUGACAGCGGGUCUCCAGGUGGAACCCCAGUGCAGGAAGCAGAGGAGGGCACCACCCCUGUGGCAGAAGAAGAAGUGGAGCCCCCACCACACACCCCCUUUGUCUGGAUGAAUCAUUUGCACAGCCCAUCCUACCCAAGUAGCGAUGAUUCAGACAACGGUGAUGAUGACGAUGUCUGGGACGAGCUGCAGCACUUGCGUCAGAAGCAUCUCUCUGAAGUAGAAGCACUUCAGGCCCGGCAGAAGCAGGAGAUAGAGGAUCUCUAUGCCCGCCUGGGCAAGGUGCCACCUGCUGGAAUUGUGUCAUCUGCCACCAUGCUCUCCAGCCGCCAACGCCGCCUCUCCAAGGGGAGUUUCAACCCUUUACGGCGCAGCAGUCUGCAACGCUCGGAUGCUGUGCAGCCCCAAGGUAUCAUGAGAAGGAAUUCUGUGAGUGGCGGUACCAGCAACACAUCCCAGGAGCAGCGGCAAACCAAGGGUGUGAAGUUCGCCAGUGAUAUUGGAUGCAUGUAGCCUGACUGCCUGUGGAAAACCUUUGUGGACUACCUCAGCCUAUUGCCUACCAUUGGAAGGAUGGAAGUUCAUGGCCAAGAGUCCUUUGCAACAUCUGCCUUAUGCUCUAGCUGUGAGGCCAACCACCAUCACCCCAUAUGGCAAUUUUUUCCUUGUGGAAAUAAGAGAAGUCUCCAAGAAACAUACUUGGAAUAAGCAACUGAAAAUGGAAGCAACAUGACACUACAGUCUACCUUUUUUCUCUACACAGACUUUGGAGCUGUAGGGAGAAGCCUAGUUCCUGUUUGAGGUUGCUUUGUGUGCAGAUGUGUAUGUCUUUGCUGCUGUUUCUCUUGCAAACAAAUGCUACUGUAACAGAAGCAGGACAUCAUCUGGCCUUUUGGAUCUCCCAUACUAUGGAGUCAGGGCCUUACUAUGGAGUCAGGGCUCCAAGCCAGAUUGGCCCAUGUACUGGGACAGUAGGGAAUGGUCCAGACCUGGCUUAAGCAGGUGUUUCCCCUCCAUGCCUUGCAUGGCUUCAUUUGUAAAGCCAGGUCAAAGGGCUCGGAAAUCUUUGACCAGCUGCCUUAAGGGGAAAAAAAUUCAAACUCUCCCUCAGUAUUACAGGGAUUGGGGCCUUCCUUCUUGCUUUAGCCCUCAGGCUGUUGCGCUUGACAGCAAUGGUACGAUACUAGAUUGCCUCUUGCACUUUUUAAAAACCUUGCCCUGAUUGGGAAAUGAACUGCUUGGGGCCCAUCCCUUUACUUGCACAGGAAUCUGCACUUUGGAAUGAAGCUCUGAUGCUUUCACCCUUGUGUAUGAUGUUUCAUGUUUUAUAUAAAGAUAGGCUUUGGAAGGGAAACAGA